AUGGACAGGAAGUUGUAUGCCAUCCUUACUAUGGAGCUCCAACGUGAUCCUCAUGAAUCCAUGAGGACCAUGGCCUUAUGGAUAUGGCUAGAGCGAUUUGGCUAUAAAAAUCUCAUUGAGAGGAUUUCAUCUAUGCCUCACUUUUUGAUCAAUGAGCUUGUUAAAGAGGCAGUAAUAUGUGAAAACUACCUUAACACCAAUCUCUCUCUGCAAUUUUCAAGACCAAAUGACCUCCUUUUAACUCAAAGCUUAACAAGCAAUGAGAUCUCACUUCGUUAUUUCCAUGAGAACAAACUCACUAUUUUUAAGGCCAUUGCAAAGAUUACAUCCGACGUUUGUGUAAGGGCAUUUAAAGACAUUAUGAAGGAAGCUAUAAAGAGGAAUUAUGGCCAAUACCUAGCUGCAAUUGGGACGCCAAUGCCAUCCUUUGUUCAACCUAACCUUGCUCAACAAAUGAUUUAUGGUGCUGUUAACACAUACUUGCCUCAAACUAGCUUGGUGCAUCCAGAAGAUAGGAGCUUGUUUGCAACAUUCUCUAGGGGUGAACCUGUGGGUGAAAUGGAGAUCCGAGAAUUCUUCAAUAAUUUCUUCGGGGAUUGUGUGGAAUCAAUCUAUAUACAAGAAGUUCAGGUUGGGGAACAACCAAUAUUCGCUCGAAUUAUUUUCAACUCACUUUCAUGGAUUGAGUUGAUUCUGGAUGGGCUGGAGAAGGCGAAAUUCAUCAUCAACGGGAAGCAUGUGUGGAUGCGAAAGUUUGUGUCAAGGCGCCACCAAACUACUCGUCGCCACAACACAUAA